UAAUAUAUUUAGAUUUAUAGGAUUUUAUCCAGUGUAAUGUCGAGAGAGGUUAUAAAACUUGCCGAUAAUUACGUGCCAACAAUAGCAUGAGAAUACUAAAAAUACUAAAAAUACUUAAAAUUAUUAACGUUGAUUUGAAUGUGAUGUAAAGUUACAAAAGUACGAAAUGAUGGAUGAACCUGUCGCAACAACGGAAAAGUCGAAAAAAAUAGAAGCUAUAAAUAAAGAAACUAUUCAUCACAUUUGCUCCGGUCAGGUAGUAUUUGAUCUCGCAAUCGCUGUCAAAGAGUUAGUAGAGAAUAGUUUGGAUAGCAAUGCCACGGUGAUUGAUGUUAAACUUAUUGACUAUGGUAAAACCUGCAUUAGUGUUAGUGAUAAUGGUAGUGGUGUUUUAGAACAGGAUUUUGAAGGUUUAGGCUUGAAGCAUCAUACAUCAAAGCUACGGGAAUUCACAGACUUAACUGAAGUAAAUACAUUUGGCUUUCGUGGCGAAGCAUUGAGUUCAUUAUGUGCAUUGUCCGAAUUGAGUAUUGUCACUAGGCAUUCAACUAGCAAACAUGGCUUCAAAUUAGAAUUUGAUCAAAAUGGUAUGCUUACGAAAAAGGAACCAUGUGCUAGAGAAAAGGGAACCACAGUGCAUAUAAAGAAUAUAUUCAAAAAUCUACCCGUGAGAGCAAAGGAGUUUCAGAAAAAUCUGAAGAAGGAGUAUACACGUGCAAUUCAAGUUUUGUAUAGUUAUUGUUUAGUUUCCACCAACAUUAAGAUUGCAUGUUCCAAUUUGAUAGCGAGCAAAUCGCCUCACCUUAUAGUAACUACAAGAAAUACAGACAGUGUAUUGGAUAAUAUAAAUUCAGUGUUUGGAAAAAAGUCUUUAGAUGGAAUAAUUAAACUUGAAUUACAAUCUCCAGAUGAAACAACAUUGCAAGAAUAUAAUUUGUCUAAUGAUGUUACAAUAGAUUUUGAUUGGGAAUGUUAUGUGAGCACUUGUGAUCACGCGAUUGGACGUUCAUCGCCCGAUCGACAAUUUUUUUACGUGAAUGGUCGACCGUGCGAUCUCACGAAAGUCAGCAAACUGGUGAACAAUGUAUACCAUAAAUACAAUAAUAAGCAGUAUCCAUUUGUUUUUUUAAAUGUCAAAUUAAAUCGACAAUGUGCCGACGUUAAUGUUACUCCUGAUAAAAGGACAAUAUUUUUCACGCAAGAACGUCUCAUAUUAGCAACAUUAAAAUUUAGUUUAACGGCGAAAUGGGAUAAACUGCAAGGAAAUUUUACAGCCAAGCCUUUAACAGAGUUAAAGUUUGGUUUUAAGAGGACAAUUUCAUCUAAUUAUGUUCAUCCGCCAGCAAAGAGAUUGCAAAUAUCACCUUCAAUAUCUCACAUGGCAAAAAAUGAUGAUAUUCAGACUAAUAUUAAAUCAAUGAAAAAACCUAUAGAUGUAGAAAUGACAAUAAGCUUUACAAUAAUUAAAGAAAAAUUAAAAGAAAAAAAAAUCAUUGUUAGAGCACCUGUCAAUAUAGAAAAAAGAAUAAAAUAUAGAAUACAAAUGGAGGCUAAUCAAGAUGAAGCUGAAAAAGAAUUGCAAAGAGAACUGACAAAAGAUUCAUUUGGCAAAAUGGAGGUAAUAGGUCAGUUUAAUCUCGGUUUUAUAAUAACUCGUUUGGAGAACGAUUUAUUUAUUAUCGAUCAACAUGCUACUGACGAAAAAUUUCGUUUCGAGAAACUCAGUAAUGAAACAAAGCUAAAAACCCAAAAGCUUAUCGUGCCAAAGCCAAUGAAUUUUUCUGCAUUAAGUGAAACAAUACUUAUAGAGCAUCAAAAAAUGUUCGAAGAUAAUGGAUUUACCUUCAAUAUCAACGAGCAAGCUGAACUUGGCAAGAAGAUAGAAUUAAUAGGAAUGCCUGUUAGUGGUCAUUGGCAAUUUGGUCAAGAGGAUAUAGAGGAAUUAGUAUUUCUCAUCAGAGAAGCGGGUAACGAAAUUAAGGAGAAGCAUAUAUUUCGUCCUAGUCGUGUUAGACAAAUGCUAGCAUCUAGGGCGUGUCGCAGUGCAGUAAUGAUUGGCACAGCUCUAAACACCAAUGAGAUGCACAAGCUGAUAAUGCAAAUGGCACAAAUGCAGAAUCCAUGGAAUUGCCCCCAUGGUAGGCCUACCAUAAGGCAUAUAUUGUCGUUAUUAUUAAUAAAUAAAUGAAUAAUCUGUAAUGUCUUCAUAAAUAUAUUUUACGAAAACAACAUUUAAAUACACAAACGAGUAA